AUGUCACAAGGAACUAUCUACAUUAAAAACUUUAAGUAAUUUGAAAAGCUAGAGAUGGAUUUGGACUCACCAACAUUAAGGCAGGCAAUGAUUAAUCUUGGGAUUCCCAAAGAAGAUCUUUAGAAAAAAACGAGAGAAAAUUUUGCAGAAUCAGGAGCAGAUGAUAAAGUAGUCGACUUGAGAUACAAGCAUUACUAAAAUAAAAUGAUAUAGAUUAUUAAUCAGUUAUAUUAAGAACGAAAGAAAGUUAAAGAACAAUAAGAACCUUAGAUUAAUCAAAGACUUAUUAAUAUUGCUAGCAUGUCAUUGGCUUCACCUUUAAAAGGAAAUAGGCAUAGUUAGAUUCUAUCUGCAACCAAUCAAGAUUCAAGAUCUAGGUCAAAUAAUCUUGCUUUAACAGAAGCAUAUACGGAUCGAGGAUCAGUCAAAAGAAGAGGGGGUAUACAAUAAAUUACAGGAGGUUUAUUAAGUUUGCAAUCUGCACACGGAUAAUUAUCUAUGCCUUAUCUUAAAACAGAGAGAUCAACUUUAAUGCAUUCUAACAUUAGUAAUAAUAGAAGAGGUAGCAUGUUACCAAAAGCUGACUUUUUUAACUAACUUACCACUGAAUCAGCUAAAGUGGAAAGAAUGAAGGAAAGAUAAGAAGAGAUUACUCUUAAGAAACUUGAAAAAGAAGCUACUAUUAGGAAGCGAAAUGAAGAUUUGCAGAAGAAAUGGGAAAAAUUAGAAAAAUUCGAAGUUGAGUACAAGCGAGAGAUACUCGCAAAGUCUAUAGUAAUGAGUCAAAAGCGCGAGCAAAAGAUAAAGGAAAUGAAGCAAAUGGAAAGAGAAAAGGAAAGACAGCUAUAAAAGGAGUAGGAAAAGCUUAUGAGUCAUUUGCACGAAAAGGCUAUAAAUUUCACUCUCCUAGAAUUAGAAAGAUAAAGAGAAAUCAGAAAAAGAGAAGAGGAGAUGGAUAAAAAGAGACAAGAAACUUAGAGACGUAGAGAAAUGCUAUAGAAAGAAGAGAACGAUAAGUUAGAAGGAGAGGAAUUGUAAAGAAUAGCAUUAGAAGAAAAGAUUCAAAAGGCUCAUGAAAAGAAUGAAUAUUUUGAUAAGCAUGUGACCUAGUUCAAAGUUGAAAAGGAAAAAUAGGAAUAGGAAAAAUAUGGAUAACUAGGAAUGAAUCUUAUUAAAAUGGAUCAAAGAUUGAAAUCAUUCUAAGACAAAUUGGAUAUGGAUAAGAAGCAAACUUAGAAGAAGACUACAGAUUAGAUAAGCAAGUUCAAGGACAACUAGAAACAAGAAGAAGAGGUAGAAUAUUAUGAAUUUAUUUUAAACUAGGAUAUUCGCAUCAAAUAGUAACAGAUCAUUAAAAAAAUGAAAAUAGCGGAAAGAAAUUUGGAAUAAACUAAAAAGGAAAAAGAUGAGGAGAUUCGCUUGAAGUAAGAACUUCGAAGACUUAAGCAAGAAGACCUUAAACAAGCCUCAGAUAGAUUGAAGAGACAAGAAAACAACAAGAAGUUAAAGAUAAUUGAAAAGGAAAAAGAACAUGAACAUUAGCUCUAGCAGAUGAAGAUUCAGAAAGAUCUGCUGCUGAUGGCAAAACAGGAGUAGGAAAAGUAACUAAGGGAUGAGAAGAGGGCGAUGGAUGAAGCAAUCAUAGUUAUUAUGAAUCUUAACUCUAAAUCAGCUAAGGAGAAAUAUCUCAAGGAUAACUUUGAUCAGAACUUCAUUGAUAAAUUGAAGGCCAAGGUACCAUUGAUACUUGAGUCUGAAUUUAGAGGGAAAAAGAGAGGCAAAUCAUCUGAUAUAAAUGGAAAUGACUAAUAAGAAUGA